AUGUAAACUUAAUUAAUUAACCAUAUUCUGGAUUUUCAAAUUUGCAAAGGGGAAUAACCCACGUGCAAAGUCACGUGCUCGAUACACUCUCUUAAAAACCUUGAACCAGGUGGCAGCCAUGCAGACUCAGUCUCUCUUUCUGUGGUCCUCCAAUUCUGUCCUGCAAAAUCAGCAAAUGUAACCGUUUUCUCACGAGCCAGCAAUAUACCAGCACACCAAAGCGCAGCUUAGUAGUUUAGGGUCCUGUGGGGGCUCCUGCUUUCGCCACGUACCGGUUGUAACUAUAUAAUUAGCAUCAGUCGCACAUGAUCCUCGACGCUUCCGUCCGCUAGCCGGUCCAUGCAUGCAUGGCCGUCCCGUGGCGUUUUGCCAGCCAGUUCUUCCACGGGUCGUCAAUAAACCCAAACCCUCUCUCUCUCUUUCUCUCUAUCUCAAGAGUCAAGAUGAUACCGCAGAUGAUUAGUGACGACUCAGAGAGCGACUCGCCAGGGAAAUGCCGGGAGCGCCGACGCCGGAGGAUCGAGAAGCGGCGGCUAAAAUCUGGAGUACUCAGGUUAUUAGGUCCGCCGCAGAGUCCGAACAGAGAAGAGAGCGGAUCCGAUAACUCGGACCCGUUUGGGGAUAAGAAGCUGAUGAGUUGCAGUGAGGAGGUGGGCGGUUCGGGGGAGUCGCCGCUAGCGUUGGAGCCGAGGGCUCUGGGUUCGAACCCGAUGCCGGUUUACGGGUCUAUACUGAUACCAGGGCAGCCGGGUGGGGCGGGCGAUACGGUGAUGGUGAAGCCGGACUUUUGCCGGACGGGGAUUCUUGACAGGCAGCCUCUGCAUUUCUUUGCCGUGUGCGAUGGUCAUGGAGGUCCACAUGUGUCUGCACUCUGCAGGGAUUUGCUGCAUUUGUUCAUAGAGCAAGAGUUGAAUCAGUUGAUGCACUUGGGUGGGAAUACUGUAAAUACUGCUGCUACUGUUCAUAGUGGUGGUGGCGGCGGCGGAGGCGGCGACAAUUGCAUCGGCGGGAUGUUGGGGCAGGAAGAAGAGAAGCUUAAUACUUGUGUUGAAGAUGCAGGGUGGGAGGAGAAGCUAAGAGGGGCCAUGAAGGGGAGCUUCCACAGAAUGGACCAGCUGGUCCUAAGCACCUGCACCUGUGGCAAGGUGGGUUAUGAGUGUGGUUGCCAACCCAUGGACCUCGCCUUUGCUGGUUCCACUGUCGUCAUGGCCAUCGUUGCGCCUUCUCAUCUGCUUGUGGCUAACUGCGGCGACUCCCACGCCCUGCUUUGCCGUGCAGGGCAGCCCCUCCCUCUAUCCACUGUUCACAAGCUUGAUAGACCAGAAGAGCAAGCGAGUAUUCAAGUUGCAAGUGGUAAAGUUGUUUAUCGAGAUGGAGUUCAAGCUAGCGGACUUCUUAAUUUGUCUCGAUCUUUAGUAGGAGACAACUUCCUAAAAUCAAUAGUGGCAUCAGAGCCUGAGAUAUACAUUACAAAGAGAGACCCAAGCGAUGAAUGCUUGAUUCUGGCCAGCAAUGGGCUGUGGGAUGUGUUGUCCGAAGAUAUGGCUUGCAAUGUCGCCUGCACAUGCCUGCAAGAAGGAAGCGCCGCCACUGCACCCAGAAAUCGCCAUUACUCUGGGAGUUCAUAUUCGAUUGAUGAGCAGCAAGCAGAAGUGUUGUUCCCAUCACAAAGUGCCCUAGCUGUUGCGUUGCUUGGUCGCCUUGCACUCGCACGGGGGAGCUGCGACGACAUUAGUAUCAUAGUUGUUGACUUGAAGAGACACUAAUGUAUAUUGAAGACUGAUGUGGGCAAAACACAUGUAUAUGGAAGCUUAGUUUUUAAUCCAUAGUUGGAAGUGUAUUUCAGAGGUAUUGUUGUUUGGGUCUAUGCAUGGGUCAAUUAAUUCUAUGACGAGCUAAGAUGUUGCACGUAUGGUUGGCUAGCUAGCUUGCAGAUAGCUAUAUUCCCAAUUAUGCAGUACUAUUUUUAAAGUUAUGUCUUGACUUUGGUUAGAAUGCAGAGACUGUGUUGUGUGUAUAUAUAUGGUUUACAUAUUAAA